AUUAGAAAGCUUACUUAUAAGGAUAUGCUCGGUCAAGUUCCGUACAAAUAAUUUAAGGAUUGAAACACAAAAUAUAUACAAUUUUAAUUUUUUAGGUAAACUAUUUUUUCCAAAUAACGGCAUAGUCAAUAAAUUAUUGAGUCAAUAAUUGUUACAAAAACAGUUUCCCCAAUCUAGUGUUGAAAAUAAACAGUAAACAAACUCCUUAAUAUCCGUAUCCGGUAUAUGACGUCAGUUUUGUCAUCAAACAUAACCUGUCAGAAUUCUAGAAAUUAGAGGCAGUUUUUUACGCAUUGAAAGAUUAUUUACAGCAAGAGUAAUUGUUAAGGCAGAACAAUGUCUCUAAAUAAUUCUCAUGCCCAUGGUGGUGUUUUGAUUUAUGCGAGUGAAAGGUAAUUACAGUGUUAGAUUGGCAAUUAAAUGUUACAGUAAAGUAAGUAAGUAGUAUACCGUUCUCAUUUUUCUCAAACUCAUUGAAUCACACUCAUCAAUCAUUGAAACAGACACUACCUUCAUAAUUGUCAUCAGAAUCAGUCACAAUCAUUCAAAUCAAAUUCUUGUAUGACUUAUGACAUAAUAAAUAAGUUCAUAACUUAGUUAUGUGUGGUCUUAUGUCACUUAUACUUAUACUAUUAUACAUAUGUCAUCAUAUGUAGAUACUUGAUGAAACAAGGAACAAGGGAGACUACUACUACUACUUUUUGUGUAUCGGAAAUAGAAAUCGGCGCCGAAAAAUCCGAGUAUUUUUAAUUUUCCGAUGUGUGUGUCUAUUUAUUAUUAAAUUAGUACUUUCGAUAUAUAUUUGAGUUCCGUUUUCGGCCUUAUAAUUAGGUAGACAUCUUGGCCUACAUUUUAAUCAAUUUCUUUUUCAUUUACAAUCAGUCAGCUUUGAGAAAAUCCUUGGUAAAUAUAAGGCAACUUUCAUCAUUAAAAUUAAGUCGAAGGAAAAAAUUUGUCACUACCAAAUUUUUUUUACGUCUGGGGAAUGUAUUGAUCUACAUGUAUGCCAAUUUUCACAGCGAUAACUGUCUUACGAGAGACGCCAUGUUGCUACGCGUUCGCAGCAGGUCAUGCAGUUCGCUCAACCUAAUUUCGCCAUGGGGUGGGCCACGCCCCCUUUUUAAUGGCGGAAAUUGCCGAUACUUAGGAAAUAUUAAUUUAUUACCACUAUUUACAUCAAAAUAUUUGAUAACUUGUGUUUCAGAAUGCAUUUUGAAGACAUUUAAACUGGAAUGUUUUAAUUUGAGCUUUAACAACCCGGUAGAAUCCAUAUUAUAAAUGAUCAGAAUUUACCGUGUGCAUUACGUUGUCAUUGGCAACAAUUCGCAGCCACUUGCAUAAUGGCUGUAUCGUAGUACUACCUCAGAGUUUCAUUCAUAAGAGUUUGCAGUGUGCAAAAACUACCAUACCAUUGGUCAGGGAAAGUUUAAUUAAUUAUUCAUGUGCCAAAGUUGAAAGUUUAAACUAAGUCGACCCUAAACAGUAUUUUAGUGAUAAGGCGAUGCAUUGCCUUAUAUAAAGUAUAUAGUCAUUGUGCAUGACGCGAUCAGCGGAAUGAGGUCACAAGAUGUGGAGGUUUCGUCCAUCGUAAAAAAUACCAAACGAACUCACACUUUAAAAAUUCAUAGCUCCAAAAGUACUUAAGCUAAAAAUUUGAUUCUGGGUUCAUUUUUUUUAUUUGAAAUUUGCUCUAACUAACUGUGUUAUUAAAAAAAAUAUUUCAAUUUUUAAAAAUUUUGUAUUCAAGUGCCUACCAUAUGAUAACCUUACUAACCUUAUGUCUUAUAUGUGGUUAUGGAACUGACGAACAUUGGUUUAUCAUUGUUUCAUUGUCAAGCCUCAAGUCUCAAGGAAUAAUCAGUGCCAAUCAUGCACUGAUGAAUCAGUGACAUAGUUAGUAUGAGUAUGACAUAGUCAUAGUCUAUAGUAUUUAGUAUUGUUGUAGAAUGUAGUGUAGCCUACAAACUACAAGUACUAAUUUAGCCUCUAUACUAUACUCUAGGCACUUCGAUGAGAUCCGGGAAAAGCUGAAAACCGGGUAUCGUGAUUUCGUUAUCAAAAUGGCGACCUCCACUUUUUAAUUACCGAGACCCUUGUUAUUUACGAUUUUCUUGUUUAUUAUAGCCCAGCAUGCACAUUCUAUUUCCGCCCACAACUUUGAGUAGACAUGUUUUUUUAUUAUUAGACACUUUUGUUCUAAAAAACAUUUGAGGUCUUAACUUUGAAAAUUGAAGGUAAAAUAAUGCUUAUUUUACUCAUUCAUAUUUUUUUGGGAAAGGUGUCUUUCUUAAAUAAAAAGAUGACGGUAAAUAAUAGCAUAAAUUACAACAUAUAAAAUAUUCAAGAGGUUAGGACCCAGUUCAAUGGUAAAAAAAUGCCUACCAAAUUUUUGUCCCGCGUGUCCCACAAUGACCUAUUAUCGAUAACGAUUUUUAAAAAAAGUAAAUACUUGAAAUCCUGCUUAUUACGCCAUAAUAACUCAUUCAAAAACAAAAAAAAAAUAAUUUAACAACACAGAUACCUAUUUUAACAACAUAAAUAUAUAUAUUUUUAACUUGUUUUGAUGCUUUUAUUGAGGGGUAUUGACUUGGGUAGUGGGUUAAACUGAAUUUAUUAUUAGCCUCAUUAUUAUUAUAAUUAAUAUAUUAAAUAUAACAGUAUAUAUAUAUAUAUAUAAAUAAAUAUAACAGUUUAUAUAUAUAUAUAUAUGUAUGGCAUCUUUCCGUUUGCGGGAGACGAUAGAUUAUCUUUAUUGCUUGCAGCUCUUGGUGUGGCUGGUGAGACCAAUCCUCGAAUGGCAGUCUCUGUUACAUUUCCCACACACGAAUGCGGUGGAGCAGUAUUUACCGGCCUUCCUCCUCGCUCUUUUUGCAGCUGUUUCCGCCCUGUUUUGAUCCUCGGCAUGUAGUGAUCCUGCCUUCACGAUGCCCUGCCAUGAGGAUCGAUCCUCUGCCAGCUCCUCCCAGUUUGAGAUGUCGAUGUUGGCCGACUUCAUGUCUCUUUUGCAUAUGUCUAAGUAUCUCAGACGAGGCCGUCCAACUGACCUUUUCCCUGUCGCCAGCUUGCUGUAUAGCACGUCCUUUGGUAUGCGACCAGAUUGCAUUCACUUGACGUGUCCAAGCCAGCGGAGGCGUCUUUGGAUUAACAUGGCUGGGACGCUACACGUUUGUUUGGGACAGGACAUCCAUGUUGGGAACUUUGUCUUGCCAUUUAAUGUCAAGGAUGUGGCGCAGGCAUCUGAGGUGGAAUCCAUUGAGCCUUCUUUCGUGUUUAGAGUAUGUGGUCCACGACUCGCAUCCAUACAGAGGUGUGCUCAGUACGCAUGCCUGGUACACCUGCAGCUUAGUUCUUGUUGUAAGUUUGGCGUUUGACCAGACUCUUUUCUUCAGUCUGGCCAUAACAGUUGCGGCCUUCCCUAUCCUCCCACUUAUCUCAUCCUCCAUUGAGAGGGUGCUCGAUAUGUUGGAUUCCAGAUAUGUGAAUCUGUCAACAGUAUCCAAGUCGUAGUCGUCGAUGGCGAUAGUGGGGAGGGAGUCAGCGCCCUGUGCCAUAAUGUUAGUUUUCUUUAGGCUAAUUGUCAGGCCAAACUCUUUGUAGGCAGCGGAUAGGAUAGGAUGAUAAAACGGAAAUCCUUCUCAUCCACUCUCAAAACAAACCUCUCCCUCCAUUCGCUCCUUCUUCUAUAUCUAUUGGCAACUCUGACAUCACACUCUCUCCCUCUGCCAGAAACCUUGGAGUCACUCUUACGGACACCCUCUCCAUGGACAAACAUGUCACGAAUAUAUGCAGAUCAGCAUAUAACGAAAUUAGAAAAAUCAGCACCAUUAGACACCUCCUCUCCUUUGAUGCCACAAAAACUCUCGUCUCUUCACUCAUUCUUUCAAAAUUUGACUACUGUAACAUUCUUCUCUCAGGCAUUCCUCAACACCACAUAGAAAAACUUCAGAAGGCACAGAACUCAGCAUGCAGACUCAUUUUUAAAUCAAAGAAACAUGACCACAUUCAACCACACAUGCGGCAACUCCACUGGCUUCCAAUAUCCUCUCGCAUCAAAUACAAGUCUGCCAAUCUUUGCUUCAACUCGUUCACUGACCCUCACUUUCCUGUCUAUCUCUCUGAACUGUUGCUUCCUUACAUCCCCACAAGACAACUACGUUCUUCAAUUGACAGUAGAACCCUCUCAAUCCCAAGAACUAAAACUAAGACCAUCGGUGAACGCUCCUUCUGCUUCCAUGGGCCCACGUUCUGGAACCAGCUCCCCUUCCAUAUACGUCAUAGUGAAACCUCGUCCAUUUUCAAAAAGUCCCUUAAAACUCAUCUGUUUAGGUCCGCCUAUGACCUGUGAUGCACCCUCCUUGCUCUACCUCAUUUUCUGUUUCGGGUUGAUCCUGAAGUGUCAAAGUGUCCUCGUUUUAUAGCCAUUUUCAUUGUUUCUAUAGUAUAGUAGUCACUAUCCUAGUGUCUCAUUUUUAUUUACUUAGUUUACAUGUUUUAAUAAUUGUAAAGCGCUUAGAGCUUUAUGGUAAGCGCUAUAUAAAAAUGCCUAAAUAAAUAAAUAAAUAGGCUGGAUACGAGGCUCUGCAGGCCGUCAGCUGUGUGAGAUACCAAAGCGGCAUCGUCUGCAAACAAGAACUCCCAAAGCAAGACCUUUCUUGUUUUAGUCUUAGCUCUAAGGCGGGCAAUGUUGAAUAAUUUGCCGUCAGCUCUAGUGUGGAUGUAUAUCCCCUCGCUGUUGUUCUGAAAGGCAUAUUGGAGUAGGAUGGAGAAAAUGAUUGCAAAUAAAGUAGGAGCCAGCACGCAACGUUGCUUUACUCCACUACUCACUGGAAAAGCUUCUGAGGCGGCACCGUUACAGCACACUGUGACCUGCAUGUUUUUGUGGAACUGCUUGAUGAUGUUAAGCAGUCGUGUAGGGCAGCCUAUCUUUUUGAGGAUCUGAAACAGGCCGAUUCUGCUGACAAGAUCAAAAGCCUUAGCGAGGUCGACAAACGCAAUGUAUAAAGGCAUAUGUUGCUACCUGCACUUCUCCUGCAGCUGGCGCAGAGAGAAGAUCAUGUCUAUGGGUGACCUACCGGCGCGAAAACCACAUUGCUAUUCUGGGAGUACACGCGAUGUGAUAUAUCAUAUAUAUAUAUAUGUAGAGGUGAAUGUUUGUUUGUGGCGGUGUCUGUUUGUUACACAAAGGCUUUUACAUGGAUUGAUGGAUCUUGACCAAACUUAUAUCCAUCAUGAUCCAGAAGGAACUCUUAAGGGGUUAUGAACUUUUUAUAACAUUCCGUUUUGGGGCUGGGGGCCCUGAUUUAGUUUUUUUUCUUAUAUGAGCUAUAUAAAUAAAAUUAGCAACAACUACUCCUACAUGAGUCGAUGGAUCUUGACCAAACUUAGUACACACACACUUUAUUAUGGAUAUUAAAUACCGAAGGGUACUGAACCAAUAAUAUCAAUUCUUUUGGGGCCGGGGGCCCAAUUUCAUUUUUCGCUAUAUAAGCUAUAUAAAUAUCAACAGGCUUAAUACUCCUACAUGAAUGGAUGGAUCUUGACCAAACUUAUUACACAUGCACAUGAUCAUUCAUAUUCAAAUACCAAAGGGUACUGAACUCAUAAUAUCCAUUUCUCUGGGCCCCGGGGGCCCACGUUCAUUUUUCCUUUUAUAAGCUAUAUGAAUAUCAAUAGGGUUAGACAACAGUAUAGGUUUUAUGUGAAUUUAUGGAUGUAAGCCUAUUUUUUACAUUUAUGGAAACCCCCCCCCCCCCCCCCCUCUAAGGCCCCAUGAUUAACUUAAACAAGAUUAACUUUAAAGAAAAAGGAUUAUAAUUAUGGUAUUUGUUGAAGAUUUUUAUCGUAUUAAAAAAAUAAUUAGAAAAGUAGUUUUACACAUGUUUCCAGCAGGUUAUUAAAUUUAAUCUAGAAUGUUUCAGAAAGUUCUAAAUUGUUCCACGGGGACAUAUGGUGGGAUCUAAAGGAUAAUGAAAUUUUAGUUAGUUCUAUUCAUUUCUAUACUGUCCCGGAGUUAACUGUUCUUCCAGUAACACUGCAUAAUUUUUUUUAUAUGGGAUCCCAAGGGUCGGGAUCCAAUCAUAAUCGUUAUUCCAAAGGGAUCAGGAUCCCACCAGAAAACAGGAUCCCACCUGGAUGGGGAUCCCAACCUUGAAUGGAUCCACCGGGAUCGGGAUAAAACCGGGAAACGGGACUGCGCCGGGUUCGAUGUCAGAAUGGGAUUAGGGUUCCAAUGGGAUUGGGGUCACACAAGGAUGCGGUCCUAAUGCAAUCCUGUGGAACGCUGGGUUUAUUGGCUAGUAUAUAUAUAUAUAUAUAUAUAUAUAUAUCGACCUUAUAUAUUAUAUAUAUAUAGGCCCUAUGUAUAUUUUAUAUAUAUAUAUUAUAUAUAGGCCUACAGGCCUAGAAAAGUGUAGUAUGUUAAGUAUAGGCCUAGCCCCACCCCCAACUCAUUAUUUGUGGGACACAUUAAUUGUUAUUUGUAAUGAAUAUUAUGAUUCUUAAUGCAUAGAUUAAGCAAAAAUGUAAAGAAAAAAAGUCACUUACAUAUUGAAAUAUCAUAUAUUUAAUCACAUGUCCCAAUAAUUCACAAGAGAAUUAUUACAUAAUCCUUGGUAUUCUCAAAGAAAAAACACACUUUCUGCCACAAUAUUCCAAGAAUUACUUAAGAUGUUAUUCAAGAACAAUCAUAAAAACUUAUACUUACCUCAAGCAAAUGACUAGAACUUAUUUUAGUUUGUAUCAACACCAAAGUUGAUUCUAUCAAUGCAUGUUAAUUUGUGAAACAAGAUUCUUAUAAAAAAUGACAUACUAUUUUUUGGUCAUAUUCAGACAUUCAUAUGAUAUGGGACUAAAAGACUUAUACAGAAAAUGGAAAAAUAAAAAUUGUAAUCGUAAAUUUUAACUAAAUGAAACAAAUAUCCCUUUAUUAUUAGUUUAUACUUAUUAAUGCUUAAUUAAUUAUUAUUUUUUUUUAAAUAUUAAUUUUUAUUUAAUUAACCCACAAACUGUGGAAAAGAUCAUUCUUUUGUGUGGGAGCUUUUCAGACCUUUUUGAGUGCCUUUAGAAAAAGCAUUAAAUGACAUAGAAAAAUUGAUACAAGACCCCAAUAAGUAUAUAUUUUGGAUGGGGAUCAGGUUGGCUAUAUUGCCCACCCGUAAAAAAAAAAUUCAGUGUUCUUGAUCUUGGAGUGCUCAAGAAAAAAAAAUUGACAAAGUGUCUUGCUUUCAAGUGCUCAUAACAUGGUUAAUUUUUAUAAUUCCAUUAAAAUUUGUUUUUAAAUUAUCGGAACCGAGAUGCAUUUACGUCGUCUAUUUUGUUUUCUUGUCGCCACUUGAAUAGAGUUAGCUGCUUCAAUAAAAAAUAAUUUUAAAACCCAAAAUGAGUCUAGAAAACAUUAAAAUUGACUGAGAUGAAUCGGCAAGUGACUUCUGAUGAUUGGGAUGCAGAUCAAUAUGAAAAAACAUCAGAUAAAGACAUGGAUAUUUCUUUACCUACACAAGUACAGUUUCAAACAAAGUAAGUCUAGCGAUCCACUUGAUUAGGCCACUUAAAUUAACAUUUCUAAAUAAUCUGAACAACAAUAUAUAUUGUGUAGUUAAAUAAUAGGUUCCUAAUAAUAGUCUUACAGUGUUGUAAUGAUAAUUUUAUAUUCCAAUCAUGUUUUGACUUUCAUUUUUAUCAGCUGAUCAAACAGCUUAUGUUAGUUUUCAUUGUUUUUAUUGCUUUUUGUCUUUUGUCUAAUUCUAAAUAUCCUAAUGAUUAAAUAAUGGAAGUUAUGAAUUUAUUAUUUUUAAAAUAUGUUACUAGGUAGUUUAUUUCAUUUAGCCUUAUAUUUAAAAUAUUUUUUCUCUAAUCAGUAUUGAUAAUACAUUGCCUUAGACUUGGAAAAAAACAUGAAGAUGUUGACCAGGGUCCCCCUCAAGUAAUACCUAUAUGUAUCCCUAAAAGAAAACAUGGUCUCAAUAUUCUAAAUUCUGAAAAGCAGGCAACUAGAAAUGAGAUGCAAAAACUAAAAAUUCUAGGUAAGGGAUAUUAUAUUAUAAUUGCAGUACUAAUGAAUGAUAUAUGGGAUAUGGCGAUAGGCAAAUAUUUAGGAUUUUAUGCUUGAUAAUUAUUUGGGAAAAAAUAUAUCACUUUUCUUAUCCUAACAUUGUAUGAUAAUUUAUAUUAUUAUAACUAUUAUUAUUUGUAUACUAUUGUUAUAUCUGUACUAGAUCAAUAAAUUCUGCUAAUGUGUUAUGCUAACAUGCAAUUUACAAAUAAAUUAUUUAUCAUCCACAGGAAAUUUCUUCAAACUCUUUUUCUUUCAGGAGGUCAUGUUGAAAUUUUGUGACUACACCAAUGCUUAUGCCAAACACAUGAGAGAAGAAAAACAGUACCUCUGUACUAACUGGAAGGAAAUAAUACCUAGGGUUACAGAUUUCAACAUCUGUUUUUGUUUACUUAUGUACAUGAACCUAAUUCCAUGCUGCGGUGUUACUUACCCGAAAAGAUAGAGCGUCAGAUUGUAAUGGUAAUUAAAUGUUUGAAAUUUGAUAAAACAUAUCUGUCUAAAUAAGUGACAUAAUUGUUUAUUGUUAGAACAUCCCCUAAGCUCAGAAGGCUCUUAGAUUGUAUCUGUAUAGUCAUGUAAGCUCUAUCUUUAUUAUUAUUAUUAUUUUGUAGUUAUUUAAUUUUUAUUUAAAUUUACAUAUUUGUUUGUAAAUUAUACAAAUGAGUUGUUAAAAUGUAUUUAAAUUGUUUGUAUUAAAUAUGAACUUUUAAAUAUUAAAAAAUAGGUUUCAAACUUUGUAUUUGAAUAAUUCUGCAUGGUAAGAUCACUUGUCUAAAUUUAAAUGCAAAAACACUAUUUACGCAUAUCUCCCAAAAAAAUUGUUGACAGAAAACUAACAGUUGUAUUUGUAAAAUUCUUUUUUUAAGUUUUGUAUAUUAUAUUGCAGCAUUAAAUUCCAAUAAAUAUUAAACUAUUUCUUCCAUAGUUUUUUUCUUCACUAUGUUGUUUGAGUAAAAAAAUGUUGUUAAAUUGUAAAAUAUUUUUCACAUAUCAAUCACGAUCGUAAGAGAACACAAUAAUUCUCAAGCACAAUUUAUAAAAUAUGAAUCUCUAUUUAUUAGUGAACAAUUAAAUACAUUAAAUGAUGGGUAUUUAUUAGCUAUUCAUUUAAUCGUAUCCCAUUAUGUGAGAUGACCUAAAAAAAACAAAAUAAAGAAUAAAAAAAAACAUUGGCCUGUACAGAGUGAACCAAUAAUACAAUAAUACUCAUUAGGCCUAUCUUCCACCAGAAAAUCAAUUGGGGGGGGGGGGGGGGGUGUUGGGUGUUGUCACGUGACCAUGUUCCUAAACAGAGCUUGGCCUUGGCCAAAGUUUCUGUUAUCAUCAUUAAGCCUUAUCACAUUAUUAUCCUAUUAUCCUGUUUCAUUUAACUUUAACUAAAGUAACAAGAUUUUUUUAAAUAUGCACUAAAACUAUUACAAUGUUAAUUAUAGACAUAUUUAGGGCUACCGAUAUAUUUUAGUUCAUAAUUUUAAUCAUAAUAAUUAUCACACACAAAAAGUAUAUGAUAAAUUUAUUUAUCAGCCUCAGCUGGAUUUUAUUUUUUAGAUGUGCACAUAUUAAUCUACUUUGGCAAAAAGGAAGCUGGGUAUAACUUUUUAAGACUAUGUAUCUUUCAUCUAUCUCUAUUAUAAAUUAUAUAGCAAUAUAGAGAGAGAGCAUUUUGAAACUCUUCUAAAGCUUUGAUGGCAUUUUCCAAGUAUCAAAAUAGCAAUGGAAGCUAAAAUUCCUUCAGGGUUCAUUAUCAGUGUUGUCAUUAGUACGAACUAGUAAAAAUGAAUGUCAUUGAAAGCAGGUUUUUAAAAUUUCGGUUUUGGUUUGAUUUGAUUGGCUGGACUACCAAGAGACACUAUUUUCUGAAAUUCUAUUGUCUUCAAGGCAUACUUUUUUAUAAUUAAAGUAUUGACAUUUUACAUUACUAAUGCUAAUACAAAUUUUUUAAGGCUAUAGGAAUUUUGCCAGUGAGUGAUUACUCAUUAUUAAAUAAGGAAGUGUGGCAUGCAUAACAUACAAAUCAAUGGAUUUGUAGUACUAGUACUACUAGUGUAAAUGUUAUAGUUACAAGCAUAGUUUGAUAGCACAUAACCUUUCUAAUUAUCAAGUACAUAUCUUUAGGGAUAAGCCAAGCUACAUAAUAUCAAGGUAUCUGCAAGAGUAUCUGAUAUCCGAGGUGAAAGGUCUUAUAAUUUUAUAAGUUAUAAAUUUAUUUAACUAAUUAUAAGAGUGUUGGACUGUGAUAAAGUUUUCAAGUAGAUUCAUAAGACCCAAACAAUUUUUUUAAAUAAAAUAAAACAGAUUAAACUUAAAUAAUAAUUACACAGAAUAAAAAUGCAAAAGUUUUGGCAAAUGCCUUCAUCAGUAAAAAAAUACAUUCAAAUAACCAUAACUUAAAUUAAAUUAAAUUAUAGGUAUAAUGUAUAUGAAAUUUAGGGCCGCUUUGCUUUUAUGCUGGCUAUGCAACAAUUUCCCACACUCACUUUCCAUUCAUUUUUAUUAGGUCUAACAUUAAUAUAUGGCAUGGGUCUAUAAUAUAACUACUAGGGUUGACCCAAGGCCUAGGUCGUAGAUGGUACAACCAAUCCAGGGGCCAUCUAAAAAAAUCUCAUCACGAAAAGAUAAAAUAAACAAUAAUUUUGAACUUUUUUAAUUAAUGAUUAUACCAAAUCCAAAAGUUCUCACAACCCCCAGAAAAAUAGCUAGGAUCCUGCUGAAUUAACAAAUUUUGUUAAAAUAUUUUUUUUACUUUGCAUACACCACAUGCCAACCUGUGUGGUUUACCCAUACUCUGUCAGGUGUUUUUAUUUUUAUUAUCGUAUGGUGCUACAGAUAAUGUACGGUUUUUCAACGGAUUUUGAAAUAAUAUAUGCUAAAAUGUUUCCACAGGAAAAAUUACAUUCAUCAUAGGUCAAAAUGAAUCUCAAAACAUAUUUGUCCGUUCAAAAUGACAUUUGAUCAAAAUUUUCAAAGGGUACGCCAUUUAAAUAUAAAUUUGAAGAGGUGUUCAACCAAUAUCCACCUACUAUGCCAGUAUCUAUUACUCGAAUCCUUACUAAUAGUAGCCACUUUGAGUAGUAAACCAUAAUUAAAAUCUGUUUUUGUAAUUAUAUUUUUAGCAAAAACUGAAUUGUAAGUGUUCUUUUAAUUCGAUUAAAAGGAGAGACUUGACUUUGACUAUUCUAUCUAUAUAUAUAAUAUGCGACAAAAACUAGGGCAAGAAGAGAAUGACGAUGCAGGCUAUAUAUAGUUACGCCAGAGCAAGCAAGACGCAGGCAAACCCUCCCUUCCCUUGCCUGCCCAUCGUUGGUCUCGAGACAUGCGCACUGCGGGUGGAGCUACCACACCCCCCCCCCCCCCCCCCCCCCCCCCCCCCCCCCCCCCCCCCCCCCCCCCCCCCCCCGCCUCAUGCACCACCCUCACUUGCCAGCCAUGCGCACACCCCAACAAGCUCGCGGUGUAUGCUGGCUAUAUUUAUAUUUUUAUAGUUCAUGGGUGUGAAAUAAAAAGUGUGUGGUCACGUAUCAUGAAAAGGGGGGGGGGGUUGUGUAGCCAAAUUGGCAUUCUUAAAUGUGCGUAACUUGAGUCACGCUUUGUCAAGUAACUUUAGUAGAUGGGAAGUUCAUGCAUUGCUGUCGCCAAUGUUUGGCGGGCUACAUCUAUUUAUACAUAUUUAAUAUCACUAACAGUGAAUAGCUUUAGUCAUUUUGUCUACCACUAGUUUCACGUCAUUGCAUGACUAAAUUUAACACUUUGUAAAGCUAAAGUGGGCGCUAUUUACUUCAUUUUUAAGUGGGCCUAUAUUUUAUUUAGAUUGAACAUCUGUAAGGAUUGAAUUUUGUAAUUUUAUUUUUUUACUCCAGCUGGAAAUUUCCAAUUAAGUUGACGAACCUAAUUUUUUUUUUAAAAAGAAAGAAGUUAGAAUUUGAUACACACCAGUGGAAUAUUCUUACUGUUUGUCUGGCCCAAUACCCUGGAAUUAUUUAUGCCUCAUCAGUCAGAUCAUCUCAUGCAUUUUGCAAUAUUUGCAAAAACAACAUUUAAUUUCUUUCUGCCAUAUGACAUUAAAGCUCAUUUUAAAGCAUAGUUUUGCACAAACGAAACUUUAGGCAAUAUAGGAAAUUUCUACCUUUAUUAGGCCCUAUACAUUUUUAUCUCAGACCCAUCUUGUAAAAAUGUAUUGGAUAAAGGUAAACGGGUGGAUAAAAUUACAAGGGUGGAGAUCCUAUUUGCACAUUUCAUUACAAUCACAUAUAAAUGACUAUUGCUUGAUUUUUUUAAAACUACUCUAGAAAUUAUCAUGAAGGCAAAGUUUGUAUGUAUUCAAAACAUUGAUCAUUAAAUGAACAAGUUAUAAAUUAAACCUUUUUCAAUGUUUAUUUUUUUUCUGUACAUUCUGUUGCAGAGUUAACUUUUUUGUACAGUUUUUGAUCCCUCAGAUUAACAUGUGCGACUUUGAUUAAGAUGACCUUUCACUGUCCUAAUUAUCUACAGAAUACUGAUUUACUAUGAUGGAAUUGAAAUGACUUUUGAAGGUCCCCCCUCCAUAACACAGAUGAAAGGAAAGAAGAAAGGAAGAAUAUACCUGACAACACACAGAGUAAGAUACAUAAUAAAGUUGAUGAAUGAUGAUCAUAUAUCUGAUUAUUGGUUUUGAAAGCAAUCAUUGGUUAUUAGUUUUAAAAAAAAUUAUAAUCAAAAUCAUUUUUUUUUUCCCCCAAAGGCAUAAAACUUAAUUGAUUACAACACAAAAGAAAUUCAAAAUUUAUUAAAAUGAAAUCCUUUAUCAAAAUUGAAAUAUAGUUACCCACACCAGCCCCCCAUUCUGAUAAAACCUUUCAAGUCUUCAUCGAUCUGUAAUAAAAAAUACCUUGCAUAUAUUUAUCAUUCUUAUAAUCGGGAGCCAUCAGAGAAAGAGUUAAAAUUUGGAUGAUCAUCUAUUUUUAGAAUGGAAAAAGUAGAUAUCACUGGUGAUCACAGAAAGUGAUCCCACGCUGCAUGCUGUUUUCUUUGGCCCACCAUAUUAACAUCCAUGAUACUUGGCACUUAUAUGAGCUAAAGCUAAUGAAACAUACAAAGAUUAAUACUGAUCUUGAGACCCUAACCAAAAACAGUGUACUUUUACUGUAAAGGCAACUAAAUGAAAUUAAGUGACUAUAGGCACAGUGAAAUCCUCUCUUGCAUCCAUCUGACUCUACUUACCCUAGUUAUACAUUUUUCUUUUGCUGCUCCCUUUGUUAUUAUAAUAAUACUACAGCAAGUAUAAACUGAUGAGCCCUUUAUCUAAAGGGGUUGUUCCAUCAGCAGCAAACAGCCAGCGCACAAAUUCUAACAACAAUAAACGAGCAAAUGUUAGGAACUCACUCUUAAAGUAGUUUACAGCUAAUGAAACGAUCAAACAUUAUAAAUUGGAGCUUGGGGGGGUUGUUGAUUUUAUUUAUAGUUCAUAAAAAUAUAUUAAAUUUAUUAUAUAUUCUUAACAUUAGUUAUUUUACAAUUUGCUUGUGAAAGAAAAAAUAGAAAUGAAGAUGUAUUUCUGUGACUGAAUAUACUAGAAUUUAUGAUUUGAAAACAUUUCUUCUGCAUAAUUAAAAUGUUGCUUUUAUUAUUGCAUUAUUAGGUAAUUUUCAACAGCCAGGAUACCAAAGAUCAAAUGCAAUCGUUUUCGAUUCCCUUCUUGUGCAUGAGGGAAGUUGAACUGGAGCAACCAGUAUUUGGAGCUAAUUUUAUUAAGGGAAGAGUAAAGUCAGAACCUCUAGGUAAUUAAUUGACCUUGUUUUAAAAAUAAAACUAUUUGUUAUAUUUUGUUUGUUUUAUCCCUAAUCCAUAGGGACAUAAUGUGUAGAAGAUUGUUGAAGUAAUCUAACAAAAUUUGUUUAGUUUUUUUUUUUUAAAUUUCCUAGGUUUAAGUAGACAAAUUAAGUAAUCUUAGGUAAAAUAGUCAUCCUUUCCUUUGACAUGUUGUUGAUCGGUUUGGGAAAAAUUGCUUUUCUCAAUUAGGAAACUGGGAAGGAGAAGCUAAAUUCAGGAUGUAUUUUACCCAUGGUGGUGCAAUCGAAUUCGGAAAAGCAAUGCUUCAUGCUGCAUCUCUUGGUGACUACAUUGUAUUUUAUUUUAUUAAAAAAAUUUUUUGUUGAAAGCCAUCUUUCUUUUCAACUUCUCAUCAAUCUUGCACAAAUAAAAAAUCUUUGCUUACUUAACUGAUGUAUACCAAAUGUUUAUUAAUAUAAUAAAAAAUCCUUUAAAAUAUACUUUGUGCACCAGAAAAUCAAGAUAGAGACCUAUUUUAACCUUCCGGCGGGCUUGUCUGAUCAGACUGAUACAAGCCAACCAUUUUCGUAUUGCACGCGUUAGAGAGAAAUGACACCAAGCUCUGCAUAUUAGUAGCUUCAUGUUUCCCCUUCCUUUAUAGGCCAAGAUGGUUUGGUGUUCAGAUUAUGGCUGUUUUGUUUUAAUUCAUACACUGCACUUUGGCACGUUACUUUUUGGAAGUUUGACAAGUUUAUUAUUUUCUUGCUCUGGUAAGUCAAUUUUUUUCAUAUUUGUAUAUAUACUGAUACAUUAUUGUAUUUUUAAAUGUUCAUGUGGUUUUCAAUAGUAAAUAUCAAAUUGAUGCAUUGCAUCCAAACAGGAUAAUUAUACUGAUCUUUAUUACAUUUCAGGUUACUUCUGCUGUCUAGCAUGGCGGUUUGUUGGAAAAUGUUCAAUCUUUCGCAUCUCAAGGAUAUAGAGUAAAUUAAAAGAAUAUGUUUUGAAGAUCGAGAAGUAUAAGAAGAUUUUGAAGAUGAGGUUGCAACAGAGAGCCAAGUUGCUGUUGAAAUUCAUCAGGAAAAUUCAUGAUGGAAUGAUGACGAGGAUUAGAAUGAUGAUGCAGAAGAUACUAUUGACAAUGUUGGAAAAGACAGAGAAAUAAAAUGUAAAUAAAAUCAACCUUCAAACAGAGUGUGUUUGAAAGCAGUUAAUUUUAUUAGAAAACUUUCAUGAAUAUAGGCUCUGCAAAAAUGGCUCAUACUCUCUUGAAUGUUGGUGUUGUGUGAUGUGCUAUACAAACCAAUAUAUUCUGAGGAUCAAAACACAAAUUUGCAGCAAGAAAGAAAUAUGAGAUUAAUUGUACAUGUUAGCCUAUGGUUAAAUGUUGUGAAUGAUAAACAUGAGUGGCAUCGAAGGAGUAAAAAGUCAAUUUGUAAACUUCAAAUUUUAUGUUCUUGUAAUGUUUUUGCUUGUAUGAAUGUGUAAUCUUUAUUUGAAUUGUUUUCCCAGAAUUAUGUACAGAUUAUUAAAUGAAAAAUAAAAAAUUAAUUUAUAAAUAAAUUUGUUUGUUUUUUCAUAUUAAUUUUCCAUUUUAUAUUGUUUGUUAAUUUACUUAUUUAAAAAAUAAAUUAUUUUGCAAUAUUAAAAAAAAUAGUUUUAUUUGUCACUCAUUAGCGAUAUCAAUUUGCUUUGUCACGCCCGUUGUAAAAAAAGUGGGCCCGCAGGAUGGGUAACAAUAAAAAAUGUUUUUAUUAAUACUAGUGGGUUAAUGAGUAAAGUGAAAUUUGAACAAGGAUAAUAAAAUACUAAAUGUCUUUAAUCCUUAUUUAAUUAAUCCAAUAGUUCUCCAUCUUAGAAAGGAAAUCAAGACGUUAAAAAAAAGCUAAUUUUAUUAAAUUAUUCACAUAUUUUACCCCCACUGAACAUUUUUUAGAAAUCAAUUUCUUGAUGUAAGUCUUGUUUGUUUUCACAGCUUCGCGAAACAGACCACCAAAUCCCCCACCAUAUUAUGCACCACCAGGGGCUGAUUACUACGCAGCACCACCACCAGCAUAUGAGCCGCCAAGAAACUCUUAUUACUCAUGGGUCCCUUAUGACACUUUUCCGACUGCACCACCAGGUAUGUAAACAUAUUCUUACAACAAUAAACUACAUUCUGCUUUUAUAAUUUUGAUUAAAAAAGCCAAUUGUGUUCUGGUUAUUACAUUAAAAAUGUCUUUUGUUGUCAGUGUUGUAUAUGUCUCAUUUAAUAAUUUUGUUCCUAACUUCCAUUGUCACCAAAAAAAAAAGGUGUGUCAAAUAAAAUUGAUUAACAUAUUAUAAUGGGUAAAAUGUAUUGACAUAAACAUUCUGUGAAUGGACUAAGUUUUAGUAUACUUAAAAACUAAAACAUAUGUCUGUAAAUACAUUUUUUUUAAAUACCUGAUUGAAUUCAUUGUCUCCAUGUAGCACAAACAAUCUACAUGACCCAAGCCCCUCCACCCUAUCCAGGAGUGGAUCCAAAUAUGGCAUAUCCACAACCCUCUGCUCCAAUGGCUAAUGGACAUGGUGAGUUUUAUAAUUAUAUUGCUCUGAUCUGGAGUAGGUUAAAUACAUUUAUUGAAUAAAUGUUUUUUUGUUUCAGUGAUUUUUUUCCCACUUUAUUUACAAUGGUUUUUUUCUUUAAGGAUCGACCAUGUUCUUAAAGCCCACACAGACUUGAAAAAUAUCUAGGUUUCAUAGCACUUUAAGACCAAAACAAACAAAAAAGCCUAGCCAUCAUUUGACCAAAAAAAUUGUUCCACACAUCAAACUUUCUUUCAUUUAGUUAUCCUCCAUUUCAAUGUUUACUUAGUUAACUUGGCAAGUUUAUUUGACUUGUUUGGAAAUCAACAGAUGCCAAAGCACAAGAAGCUGCGGCCAGCGCCUACUACGACCCCUCAAACCAACAUAACUUUUAUGCCCCGGCCGCUCACGACAUGGCCCCACCUGCGUACCCCGGGCCACCACCUUCUUACAGUGAAUACGAGAAGAAGUCAAACUAGUCAAGCUUGUGAUGGUCCAGUGAUACUUACUCAUGUGAUGUUGUCUCCAAUUAAAUGUGUACUUAUGUUUAAUGUAAUAAUUGUAGAUUGCUGAUUCAGUCUGUGGUAGUUGAAUUAUGCUUGCAAUAACUCAUGCAGUAAUUGCACAGCUUUUUUUAAUGUGAAAUACAGGAAAUUAAUAUAAAAAGUAGCAAAAUUUAUAGAUCAUUUGGGACAGAAAAUUUGGAAGGUCAUUGUUGUCUUAUUAACUAUAUAUGAACAGUUUUAAUUACAUCCUGUCAAGCACUGUAGUUUAUAAAACUGUAUUUAAGUCAUUGUUAAAUUAAUACAUUUCACAAGAUCAAAUAUUUGUCACCAGCUGACAUUACUGUUUACCCUUAAAAUAUUUCACAUUAGCUCUUAGAGGAGCAACAAAGAUUCUCUUAUAUUCUAUUUGACUGCAAAUAGUUGUUUUUAAUCAAGAUAAUUUGUUUAUUCUUGAGGCUGAGUCUUUCUGUCAAUGCCUUACUUGAAAUGGCAUCCCAGUGGGUCAUGUGCAAGAGACUGAAUCUAAUUUUCAUUCAUCUUUAUGUGAAGUUUGAAAUUUUUUUCAUCGGCUUUGUUAUCAUAACAGCAAAAACUGAGUCAUCAAUGCACAGAUGUUAAACAAUGAAUGUUAUUAAUUUUUCUUGUUAUAAGUUAAAUUUGUGUUUAGAUGGAAUACACAGUGAACCAAAGCAGCCUUUCAGCUGUGUAGCAUUGGCUUGGUUGGGUACUCUAGAAGUUUUAGAAUCAGUAGUAACUAAAAGUAAGGGGAAAAAAAAGAAUAAAGUUCCUUGCUUUAAACAAAUCAUAUUAGGUUUAGAUAUACUUUUUUUUAAAAUUAAUAACUACCAUACAAAUUAUCCUCCCCUUUUAACUGUUAUAAAUUUAUAUUUAGAAUGAAUCAUUUCAAAGGAUUUGAUAGAUUUUUUUCAUUCCAAUUAAAUUUAUAAAUUAAUCAUCAGUUUUUUUUCUAAAAAUUUAGUCUUUCAAAUUUAAUUUCUAUAUCAAAUGUAGAUGUGUGCCAUAAAAUGAACCAAUAAAUUCCUUGUUAAAAAAAGAACAUAGCAACCUUACUUGGAGUGCAGAACUUAAAAAUUUCAGCCAUUAAACCUUUUCAUUUCUUUAUUUCUAUAUUAUUGGCAACUCUGUAACACAUUUACAAUUCUGUAAAUAUUUUUGUUUGAAAUGUGUCAUUUCAAGCAUAUUUAAUUUUAAUGGCAAUUUAAUGUAACUUAUUAUUUCUCUAUCUUUUUUUUUUCUUCUCUUAAUUCUAAAUAUAAAGAUAUUUAAUCUGACUAAAGAUGAAAAGAAAAAAAUGAAAAAAGGCAUUGCCUUUCAAUCUAUUUUAACCAUUCCGAGCAAAUAAUAUUUGUAAGGGGUUUAAAUUAAAUAUUUUUUUGGGGGAUCAAAUUUACUUUAACUUAUUGACAAUUCAACAGAAGUUAAUUUGUUACUAAUUUUAAAUUUUAUUGUGAAACUAGAAAAAUAUUCCAAAAUCAAUAGAUGCAUUUUCAAUGUUUCAUAAUACAUUUUUUUGUAAAUUAUCUGUCUUGUUUUUUGUUGUUGUUUUUUUUUGUUGUUUUUUUUUAAUAUUAGAGUGAGAGAGGGUAAUUAUUUUUUUUUAUUUUCAAUUAGCUCUAACAUUUAUAUAAACAAAAAUGAAAGUUAGCUGGAACAUCCUUGAACACUAGCUGUUCUUUCAUUGCUAUCAAAAUGUGAUCUUAAAAGUGCUCAACUAACAUUAUUCCUGCAAGACAUCAGGUGUUGGGAUGACUGUGUGCAUAUUUGAUUUACUGAGAUUUGAACCCCAGUAGUAGGAAAUUUCAUCCUCUGUAACAGAGUACUUGUUAUUUUCAGUAGUCUACUGAGUUACUUUUCAUGAUGUAGUCUACUGAGUUACUUUUCAUGAUGUAGGCUACUGAGUUACUUUUGGAGACAUUGGUUACUAAGUUAAUUUUAAUGAUGUAGUCUUCUGAUUAACUUUUCAUGAUGUAGGCUACUGAGUUACUUUUGAAGACAUUGGCUACUAAGUUACUUUUGAUGAUGUAGUCUUCUGAGUUACUUUUGAUGACAUAGUCUACUGAGUUACUUUCCAUGAUGUAGGCUACUGAGUUACUUUUGAUGAUGUAGCCUACUGAGUUACUUUUGAUUACAUAGGCUACUGAGUUACUUCUGAUGAUGUAGUCUACUGAGUUACUUUCCAUGAUGUAGGCUACUGAGUUACUUUUGAUGAUGUAGGCUACUUAGUUACUUUUGAUGAUGUAGUCCCAGAUUUGAACCCCAGUAGUAGGAAAUUUCAUUCUGUGUAACAGAGCACUCGUUAUUUUAAUAUAACCCUUUUAUAGCAAAAAUACUUUUUGAGUUACUUUUCAUGAUAUAGUCUACUGAGUAACUUUUGAUGACAAAGGCUAUUGAGUUACUUUUGAUGAUGUAGUCUACUGAGUUACUCUUGAUGAUGAAGGCUACUGAGUUACUUUUGAUGACAUAGGCUACUGAGUUACUUUUGAUGACAUAGGCUACUGAGUUACUUUUGAUGACAUAGGCUACU